AUGGAAUUUGGACAUUUGUCACCUGACAAUGCCCAUUCUCCAAAUAAACACUAUAAAAUUAAACGUGAAUUCCGAACAAGCACCCCGUCUCCUAGAGUGGAAAACGCCAAUAUAAAACAAAUAACCUCAAGAAUUAAGAGAAAGUCACAUUCACCAUCCAUGCAAAUUAGCGGAGAAUUUGAAAGUCCUCACAGAAAAUCUUUAUUGCUUAAUUUAUUCUAUUUCAUCAGUAUAAGCUUAUUUUUUACUAAAAAAUAAACCAAUUUCUAUAAAAAAAACAAUUAACUUUCUAUAAAAUCACGUUUAUAAGCACUAUUAGCAGUAUAGAUUACUUCAGAAAAACUUUUCAAAACGAAAGGAACUGCAGCAGCAAUGUCUUCAAGCGAAGAAAGCACAAUUCUAUCGUUGACAGACUAAAAUCAUAUAACUUACUGUUUCAAGACGAAGAAAAAGACACAACACCCACAACACCAGAUGUUUCCAUAAAACAAUUACACAAAAAACUCAUGCUUUCUCAUCACAUUCCUAAAAGCCCGAUUGGGAAAAGGACUGAUGAGCUAAUGAGCCGACUCAAAGAAGACUAUUUAAAAAAUAAAGAAGAAUUACACAAAAGACUUGUGACUUCUUUGCCAAAGUCUGUGAAAAGUUUCAAUAUGCAGCAUCAGCAGAAAAAAUUUAAGCCAAAAUUUUAG